UAACAUCGAGAGAGUCAAUGCCUCUAUUUAAACGAAACCAACAUAUUUUUGUCAGUUCAAAAUUUGAAGCUGCUUCAUUUGCAUUGGAUCUAUCAAUUUUUUUUUCCUCGCACAAUGAAAGUGACAAUAUUAUUACUAAUUUUGUUUGUAUUUAAUUGGAGUGCCAAAUGUGAACAACAUUGGAAGAAGCGAAUGCAGAAAUACUGUGCACUGGCUAAUUGUCAAUAUUAUGCGACAUCCGAGUGUAGAUAUACCGAUUAUAUUUCAAUUAACGAAGUUGCUAAAUCAGCAAACAAUAAUAACACUUUCCAAAUCCGAUUUUUCGCAUUAACAAAAGAUGGAAUUCUGUUAAAAUUGAGCGAAAACGAUAGCAACGAUUUGAAAAGCGAACAUGAUACAGAUCACCAUUAUGAAUUUGCAUUUGGAUCUGAGUCGCAUCGUAUUUGGGAAAAUUCGGAUAUUUUGAUUCGAUCAUUGCACGCACCAGGCGCUGUAAAAACAGAUGAACCAAAUGAAGUUCUCAUUGAAAUUGAUUCAGAUGGAAGAAUUCGCGCAACCAUCAACGAAGAUAUUACACUCACUAUGAGAGCCGACAUAGAAAAGCUUAAAUAUAUCAGUGUGAGGUCAUCCAAAGAUGAUGCUCUGCAAGAGUUCUUCUAUAAUUGUGAUUUGAAUUGAAAAUUAUUCUUUCGUUGCUAUGUAUUUUUG